AUGGCUCCCAUGGAUGAACCGGUGCCCACGAUGGCAACCGGCGGAGAAUCCCCACCUUCCGACAACGAUGGCGGCGAGCGUCCUGUUCGCAAGCAACUCAAAGAAACCUCCAUCGAAUCCGCCCCCGUAAACGCCAACGAGAACGCCAGCAGCCGCAAGCGCUCUUUUGAAGAAUCCCGCGACCACCAUGAUGACCCCUGCGAGAACGGCGAGAACCGACGAAAGCGAUCGCGAGAGGGCACACCAUCAAAUACUGAUAAUGCCGAAUUGAAUACGGGCAAGCAUACAAGCUCUGGCGCCCAGUCAUUGAAUGUGAGUGAACACGACAUACCAAAUAUCCUUUGGGACGCCCCCCUGGAAUCGGCCCUAGAUACCCCACGCCAUGUAUCAUUCGGAGCACCCUCCAUCACUUCCCUCAAGGACAUCUUGAAUGAUCAUCUGGACUUCGACGCAUAUUAUGGCGAAUUUAUUGAAGAUCGUCUCUGGGCUCUCAAAAACGUGGAGAUGGGUUUGGAAGAGGCCGACCAAUUCCAUGCGAAUCAAGAGAGAUUCUUCUUUGAAGAGCUCGAGCGUCUCCAGGAGGCCCAGUCGUAUGUGGAGAUGGCUCAGGAGCGCACCAAUGAGGAGCGGGGCUCAAUAAAAGCAGCACAGGCUCUACUUGCGUGGGAGAAGGACCGACUCGAGAGGGCGCUCAGAUCAAUAGAAGAAGAAUCUUCCCCGCAGAGCCCUGGAAGUGACCACCCAGCCAGUCUCUCUCCUUCGACGCCCAAGUCCAGCACCGAGAUACCGUUCCAGACAGAACAAUCUUCGCCCCAUGGCUGUCCUGGAAGCCCUGAGCCCUGGGCAGCAUGUCUUCUUCCUGGAGACCCCCACCCCGCCACCCUGUCCAAUGGUCACUUCAAAUCGCGCCCAGCUCCAAGAAGCCAGAGCCCUCCUGAGUCCAACCUGGGGAUCUUGACCCCGGAUCCCUCGGUGGCAGAUAAAUACACACAAACUACUAUAAUCAGCAUACAGACCCCACCGGACAUGCACAAAGAGAUUUAUAAGCCAAAUACCAACGAACUCUCACAGGACCAGACACCCCCCACGAUCGAACCCACCCACGAAACCAUGGAUGACGGAUCGGCAAAAUCUCUGGCGAAGAAGAGAAGCCUCGAGCAGCUUGAGGAAGGUUCCAAGAAAGCGGAUAUGACGAACGACUCACCACCAUCCCCUGCUGGUCCCGCCGAUGCCAAGCCGACUUCCGAUGGAGAGCCCGAGAAGAAGAAACAUCGUGAUAACUCCCAGGAACGGGAUACCAAGACCGAUAAUGUAUUUGCUGCAAGCGCCUUUGGGAAAGCAGCCGCGUCUCCAUUUGCCUCGCUAAACAUGAUUCAGGAUUCAACGAAAGACUCUCAAAAGCCUUCUCCUGCCUCUGCAUUCGCCUCGUCUAGUCUGGCCGCAUUUGCAGGCUCUGAGAGUUCUCCGUUUGGUGCACUAGGAGGCUCAACUCAAUCUGUCUUCAAAACCGCCGCCUCUGGUACAGGGAGCUUUGCAACUCCCUCCGUCUUCAACUCUGUCGCCUCUGGUGCAAACAGCUUUGCAGCCCCCUCUGGCACUUCUACUUUCGGUGCCCUGGGAAGUGGAUUUACAGGUGUUGGUGGUGGAUUCGGUGCUGCUGCUAAAGCUGGUGGCCUGACCAGUUUUGCGUCCAAUAAUGCCCCGGUCACUCUCGGUGAACACAAGGCCAAGCCUCUUGGUGCCGAAGAUUCCGAAGGCGACGAGAGUGACAGCAAUGAUGAAGACAACACGAACACAUUCGAGGCGUCCAAGACCGAUGAGCGUUUCUACGCACAGAACAUUGAAACUGGCGAAGAAGAGGAAGAAACCGUCUUCUCGUGCAAGGCCAAGCUGUUCCAUUUUCAAAACAAAGAGUGGAAAGAGCGUGGUAUUGGUACUUUCAAAGUCAAUGUUCGCCAGGGCGCCGAUGGCAAACAAACUGGCCGUAUGCUCAUGCGGGCCGAUGGCGCCAUGCGUGUGAUUCUGAACGGCCCGAUUUUCAAGGGCAUGAACUAUGGAGAUGCAAAGAAUGAGGCGCCAAUCAACAAGCAAAUUCUUCUUGCCAGCGUGGAAGAAGGUCGCACCGUUCCUCUAUUGUUGCGUACUGGAAACGAGUCAUAUGCGAGGGAACUUUACGAUAUUAUCGAUGAUCUACUGAAGGACUCAGAUGCAUAA